AUGGCAUCACCAACGACAGAUGCCGUGAAAUCACCCCUUGAAUCCGUAGCCUCGGCCUCUCAUCACGGCGGAAAGACUUGCGCCGACUCGCAGCAGUAUGGCGACCAGAUUCCCCACGAAAUGCUCGAGAUCCUCGCCCCCAACGGGGAAGAGGACUUUAUCCUCUCCAAGAUCAACAGCAUGCCCGAAGAGGAGGCCGUUGCAAUCAUAACCGAGGCCCUCAAGUUCCAUUCGGACGACUGGAACUUUCCCUCCGACAUGCGCCAGCGUAUGCACAAGCUCCUCCUGGGCCCCAAGACCUACGGCGAGCACUAUGGCCGAGAUCUUCGUGUCGACGCCACCAUGAUGAAGUGGUCGUCUCCGUAUCCGGCCGUGAGAGCCGUGGCGAGCCCCGUUGAUGAUGCUCAAGUACCGAUCGAGACGCUUAGAGCAUACUUUUUGGGAAUUUGUUGGGCCAUUAUCGGGACAUUCACGUCCACCUUCUUCAACAGCCGCUUCCCCGGUAUCAGCCUCGGCAACUCUGUCAUUCAAAUCCUUCUUUACCCCUGCGGCAAACUCCUCCACGCCCUUCUGCCAGACUGGGGCUUCCAUGCCUUUGGUGUCAGGCACUCGCUUAACCCGGGCCCCUGGACUUUCAAGGAGCAAAUGUUUGCCACCAUCACCUUCAACAUUGCCAUCUACACCACCAACAGCUACGGCAUGAUCUUGGUCCAACGCUCGCCCGUCUACUACGGCCUCGACUUUAUCGACUUUGGCUACCAGCUCAUGCUCACGCUCUUUGUGCAGCUCAUGGGCAUGGGCUUGGCAGGCUACCUCCGCCGCUUCAGCGUGUAUCCCGUCAAGGCGCUCUGGCCGACGCUCAUGCCCGUCAUCGCCCUGAACAGGGCCCUCACCAAGCCCGAGCCGCGGGAGAGGAUCAACGGCUGGACCAUUUCCCGAUACAGGUUCUUCUUUGUGGCUGCCACAGCCAUGUUCUUCUACUACUGGCUUCCCGGAUUCCUCUUCACGGCUCUAUCCCAGUUCAACUGGAUGACGUGGAUCGCCCCCGACAACUUUCUGCUGGCCGUCCUGACCGGCUCCAACAUGGGGCUGGGCUUGCUCAACCCCGUCACGACGUUUGACUGGAACGUGGCCACGAGCUCCUACGCCGCUCUUGCGCAGCCGUUCUUCAGCACCUGCACCAUGUAUGUCGGCAGCGUCCUGGGUGGCUUCAUCAUCCUGGGCAUAUUCUACUCCAACAUGUACAACACGGGCUACCUUCCCAUCAACUCCUCUUCGGCGUUUGCCAACGACGGCAAGCCGUACGUGGUGCAAAAGAUUGUCGUCAAGAACAAGCUCGACAUUGGCAAGUACCAGCAGUACUCGCCGCCGUACUACUCGGCAGGCUACGUCCUGACGGUGGGCGCCAACUUUGCCUUUUACCCCGUGUAUUUCCUGUACAUCAUGGUCAACCAGUGGAGGACGAUUGGCCGAGCCUACGUCGAUUUCUACAAAGGCCUCCGGUACGGAAAAGGCAACUACGAGGACGCCAUGGAUGUGCACAACCGGGAAAUGGCAAAGUACAAGGAGGUGCCCGACUGGUGGUUCCUUGCCAUCUUUGCCGGCGCCGUCGUGGUGUCGGUCAUCUGGACCGAGAUUUAUCCCGUCGACGUCCCCGUGUGGCUCAUCUUCCUCAUCAUUGGCGUCAACCUCGUCUUCGCGGUCCCCCUGUCCUUCCUGUCCGCCACGACGGGCACCAACCUGGGCCUGGGGUCCCUGAUGCAGAUCAUGACAGGCUUCCUGCUGCCCAGCAACCCCAACGCCUUCCUGUUUGGGCAGACGCUGGGUUCCUGGGCGCUUGCGGGCUACGGGGACAACUACGUGCAGGACCAGAAGAUGGCGCACUACUGCAAGAUUGCGCCGCGGGCCGUGUUUCGCAGCCAGGUGGGCACGAUUGUCGCGACGUGCUUCGUCGCCGUGGCCACGCAGAACCUGAUCCUCGACAAGGUGGAGGGCCUGUGCACGCCGGACCAGCCGAGCCGUUUUACGUGCGCCAACGACGGCGCUCCGCUGUACUCCAACUCUCUGAUGUGGGGGCUGAUGGGCUCGGGGCGCAUGUUCGACUCCGUCUACCCGCUGUUCAAGUGGUGUUUUCUCAUGGGCGCGGCCGUUGCCGUGGUCUUCCUGGCCGGCCAGGGCCUCGGCCCCCGGUACCUCCCCUCGGCGCGGGAGAGGCUGCGCAGGAGGCUGUCUCCGGCGCGCUUUGCCUGGCUCGACGGGACGCUGUUCCGGCUGGUAGCCUCGCUCAUGUGGCUGAACCCGGUGCUCGUGAUCCAGGGCAUCCAGCACUGGGCCCCCUCCAACCUGGCGUACAAGACGCCCGGCUUCAUCCUGUCAUUUGUCUUUAUGCACUGGCUGCCUCGGCACCGCCUGGCGUGGUGGUCCAAGUACAACUACGUGCUGUCGGCCGCCUUGACCGCGGGCGUCGCGCUGGCCGCCCUGGUCAUGUUCUUUGCCGUGGGCUACCAUGCCAAGAGCUUGAGGUGGUGGGGGAACACGGUCAGCACGGGUGGCAUGGACGGCAGGCAGGUGGGAUGGCUGGCGAUUCCGGCGAGGGGGUAUUUCGGGCCGGAAAAGGGGCAAUUUCCGUGA